UCCUGAGGAUAACUGCUCUAAAAAUAGACUUGGAGGAGAGCUUUCUCUUGGGUCUGGUUUCGUGUUCCCACUGAGCUGGCUUUAGGGAACUUGUUUGCUCCUGUUGCAAGACUACAGUGAGGAUAAAUUGUUUCUUACUCUGCCUUCAACAUUAAUUUUGGAGAUAUCGACACACUCACUCUGUCUGUGGAAACCGAGCACUAAUGUUAUGGCUGACGACACAGAAACUAAGCAUGGAGGAAGCAAAAAUGGAAAGAAAGAAGGCCUCUCUGGAAGCUCAUUUUUCACCUGGUUUAUGGUAAUUGCUUUGCUGGGAGUUUGGACAUCAGUAGCAGUUGUCUGGUUUGAACUUGUGGAUUAUGAAGAAGUCCUAGGGAAGCUUGGGAUAUAUGAUGCUGAUGGAGAUGGAGAUUUUGAUGUGGAAGAUGCUAAAGUAUUGCUAGGUGAGGAGCCAGGCGGGGUAGCCAAGAAAAAACCUAAAGUCAAAGGCCUUAAAGAAAGAUCUGUCCCAGCACAGCCAACAUCACCAGAAUCUGCAGAGACCAUCCAGCCUGCUGAGAAGUCAUAUGUCGAAUCAGAGCACAAGAAUGCUGACAUAGAGUUGGAAGAGAAAAUUCAGUCUGUUCUUCAUGAAGCUCUCCAUUCCCAGCCUGCUAAAAAGAAGAAGAAGACAAAGCUCUUAAACAAGUUUGAUAAGACCAUUAAGGCUGAACUAGAUGCUGCAGAAAAGCUACGUAAAAAGGGAAAAGUUGAAGAAGCUCUAAGGGCCUUUGAAGCAUUAGUGAAUCAAUAUCCACAGAGUCCUCGAGCAAGAUAUGGGAAAGCACAGUCUGAAGAUGACUUAGCUGAGAAAAUGAGAAGUAAUGAGAUGCUGCAAAAAGCCAUCAACACCUAUGAUGAGGUGGUUAGUCUGCCAAAUGUCCCUUCAGAUCUGAUAAAACUGAGCUUGAAACGAGAAGCAGACAGGCAGCAGUUUCUUGGUCGCAUGAGAGGUUCCCUGGUUACUCUACAGAAAUUAGUUCAGCUGUUUCCCAGUGAUAUUUCAUUCAAGAAUGACCUUGGUGUUGGUUACCUCUUGAUAGGAGAUAACAGCAAUGCCAAGAAAGUGUAUGAAGAGGUUCUAAGCCUGGCUCCAAAUGAUGGCUUUGCCAAAGUGCAUUAUGGCUUCAUCCUGAAGGCAGAAAACAAGAUAGCAGAGAGCAUACCCUAUCUAAAGGAAGGACUAGAGUCUGGUGACCCUGGGACAAAUGAUGGACGCUUUUAUUUUCAUCUGGGUGAUGCCUUGCAGAGAAUGGGAGACAAAGAGGCAUACAAGUGGUAUGAACUUGGAUACCAAAGAGGCCACUUCGCAUCAGUUUGGCAGCGCUCCCUCUACAAUGUCAAGGGACUGAAAGCUCAGCCUUGGUGGACAGCAAGGGAAACUGGUUAUACGGAACUGGUGAAGUCCUUAGAAAAAAAUUGGAAGCUCAUUCGGGAUGAGGGGCUUGCUGUGAUGGAUAAAAAAAGAAGCCUCUUCCUGCCUGAAGAUGAGAAUCUACGAGAAAAAGGAGACUGGAGCCAGUUUACCUUAUGGCAACAAGGAAGAAAAAAUGAGAAUGCUUGUAAAAGUGUUCCAAAAACAUGCACUUUAUUGGAAAGAUUCCCAGAAGCUACUGGCUGCAGAAGAGGGCAGAUCAAAUAUUCUAUCAUGCACCCAGGGACUCAUGUCUGGCCCCACACAGGACCCACCAAUUGUCGGCUAAGGAUGCAUUUGGGCUUGGUGAUACCUAAGGAAGGCUGCAGAAUUCGGUGUGCCCAAGAGAACAGAACCUGGGAAGAAGGGAAAGUUCUUAUUUUUGAUGACUCUUUCGAACAUGAAGUAUGGCAGGAUGCUGAAAAUUAUCGCCUGAUAUUCAUUGUGGAUGUGUGGCACCCUGAGUUAACAGCACAACAGAGACGCACCCUUCCUGCUAUUUAAGGAGUUCCUUCUGAUGUGCGGAGCAGAAGAGCUUUAAUCCCUUUGGAGUAUGCAAAUAAGAUUAAUUUAUCCAGCAUAAGAAGAAUACAAGUAUUGUAAGGGUUAGAAGAGAUAAGGACAACAUUCUGCAAUCACAGAGGACUUGAUUUUAAAAAAGGAAAAAAAGAAGGAAAAAAAAAAAAAGCCGUGUUU